CUUUAGCCACAUGAAGGCAUUGCGCAUCCUGAACUCUGAAUUAGCAGACACGCUGGGAAAUCUCUUAUCGCGAGCUUGUGCAAAAUCGCUUAAUCCGCAACAAGUUUACCCACGCCUGCAUGCGGUGCAAGUCGACGAUUUGCUGCGGAUGGAUGCAACCAAGCGGCUACAGGAUGCAUUGCAACAAAUUGAAGCACGUUGCGCCCAACAUUACGCAGAUAACAAUUUCUAUCUUGUGGUAGACACAGUAAUAUCCACUUUGCAUGCGGCCAAUAACUUCUUUGAAACGUCACGUCCGUGGGAGUUGAAGCGCCCAGCGGCUGUUGUAACCACCGGCAAUGAUGCUGUGGAUGCUGCUAAUUCGCAGAAUAUUGAAAAUUUCGAACGCUUGGAAACGAUAAUCGCCAUGACAAUGGACACGUUGCGCAUCUGCGGAAUUGUGUUGCAACCGAUUGUGCCGCAGCUGUGUGGCAAGUUGCUAGAUAAAUUGGCGGUGCCGCAAGAGCAACGGUUAUGGCGUAAUUUAGACGAUUGCUUUGCUACGAAGUCGUCUUAUGAAAAUGUAGCAAGGCCACUUGAUGUGCACACAGAUGCAGUGCUAUUUCGGCGCAUUCUGCUUAAGGAGGAGGAUUUGGAGGCGGGUCAGCCGAUUAAGUCACCGCCAGUGUCGCAAACAAAGGAGAAGAUGAAACAAAAACGAAAGGAGAAGACGGCAAGGAGCAAGAUAGCGGCACGGUAACUCGGAGUAGUAGUGCAAACUUCGGAGAUGGGAGAUCGGCUGCCAGUUGCUUACAAUUAUUACCGCAAUGACAAUAAAAAAAAAAAAAAUCUCUACAAUCGAGCAGGUAUCUGAUUCUACGGUGUAACUUCGUGGCCGCGAGUGCCAGUAUGCUAGCAUUGGUAUUCAGUGUGUGCUGCAAUGAAGUCAUUUAAAUUUGUUACAAUUUCUUUAGCUUCCUGUCGGCAUCCGCUACGUGCCGCCAUCCGCGCGCAGAGCCUCUUCAUAUAAUGCAACCUCGCGUACAUCCUUAUGUCGCCAUUUCUCUUCGCAUUUCUUCUGUUAUCCUUCGUCUUCGUCUUCUGGUGUUCAGCACGUAGCGACAGUAAAUUGUUUUAAUAGUUCAGCGACCAGACUGCAAGCGAUUACUACAGGUCAUCUCCUUGCUCUUCGCUUGUUUCUUGAUAUAUGCACAUGCAUACAUACAUAGAUCGCCAAAUAAUAUAUGUAUACUUUUGCAUUGUUUACUCAAGUGAUUUUUGUUAUCAUUAAUUUCGUUUAUUCGUUUUUAAGUUUCUUCUUUUAUAAGAUGAGACUGUCAUUCAAUAUAGUGAAAGUGCUGAUAUCAUAAAGUUGUACUAUUAAAUGAUUUUAAGAAUUCAUUGCUAUUAAAAAUUCAAAUACUACAUUGAUGUUU